ACUUUGUAAAAGUGCAAAAAAUUAUCUUGAUAGUUUGAUUGUUGUGUUACCAUGGCUACAAUAUGGUGUUAAUUGUAAUCUUUGUGUUUGAGCUAGGUUUGUUCACAAAUACAUCACAGCAAAUAAUAACCAAUAAUCAGUGAUUUAUUUUAAGCUCAGCCAAUUAACCUUGGCCCCCUCAAAAACUAUAUUUAUACUAGAGGUGUGCCGAUCAAUCGACCAAUCAUCAGAGUAUGAUCAGUGAUCGCUGAUCACUGUCUCUUGUUGCAGAUCACCACUAAUUUUUAUCUCACUUCGCAGACUGCCUGUGCAGCUGAUCUCCUCUUUCCUUCACACUGCGCAAGCACGCGGCAAAAAAUCCCGUCUUGUGAAACUUUAACGGUCACCGUAAAUGGGGAAGUUUGAGUGUUGCAGCGGAAAAUUACCACGGGAGAGAAGCAUGUCAAAAUGCAUCAACACAACAAACACUUGACAAAGUUUGGUUAUAUCGAGGCUCACUGCAGGGAAAAAAAAAACAUGUGGAGCGGCCAGAAAGCAGAUAAAGCAGCGCACAACUACCAACACUCACCCGGAUUAGCAUCACGGUCCGAAAGCUAAACAAAUAGCCCAAAAAAUAAUUCACGUGUUUGAUCUGGUGGUUUUAGACGCUGAGAUCUGCUCUCGCUCUUGGACUGCCGCUACGCGCUACUGGUAGUAAUAUUUCACAGACUUAGCACCGUUCAACCUCCACCAGACACUGAACUCUCACACUGAACGUAUGCUUAAAGCUGCAGCAUAUAACUUAAAAAAAAAAAGAUUUUAGAUAUGUAUUAAAAUAUGUCUAGUAUGUCUAAAUUAGGUGAAUUUAUUGCCAGAUAAUUUUUCCAUUUUGCCAAAUAACAUAGUGUCAUUUAUACCUAAAGCGAAAAAUUCACCAUUCCAAGCGAUUGACAGAGAUUGGCCUCAUGAAUGAACGGCAUCGGAAUCGGCAGUAAAAAACCUGAUAGGAGCAUCCAUAAUUUAAACACUAUUAGUGAUGAUGAUGUUCUUAGUAGAAAGGACGCUCUAAAUCAGAUUCUGCCUAAGGCCCCGUGUUACCUUAGACCGACCCUGUAUGAAGAGAUACAGCCACUCUGCUGCGCAUCUUUCUGCUGGAUGCUCACCUCUAUUAUAUCCUAGCAGAAGCUGUGUGAACCCUCCUGGUGGCAACGUUAGGUUAAGGUGAAGCAGAGAGUGAACAGUGAGCAGGUGGUACCGGUGGUAUCAGGUGUACAGGUAUGUUGCUGUGACAGUCGCGGUACUGUUUUUUUAAAUCAGGAUAUCUGAUUCUGAUGCAAAAUGGUGGGACUCACUCAGGCUGCCUGUAGCGAACAGGGCAUUUAAUCCGGCACUCCCAUGAUAAAGUUAAAGUCAGAAGUUUCCUCUGCAACCAAACCAUUUCUGUGUUUAGGAGCGAGAAGGGUUUUUGCUGCUAUUGCGAGCACAAUUCCAAAAAUAAGUAGAAACAAUUUUUCUAAUGACAACAUCAAACCUAUAUAUUUAUUCACAAACAACGGUAUGUUGAAAAAAUGAAAAAAAAAUAAUAAUAAAUUACCCAUAAUUUGAUUGAUAAAGGGCGCAGUUCUGCCCCCUCCUCCUUACCGUGGGCUUGGUGUCUUAACAACAUAGGAAGAGGCACUGAGAAUCCAUCCAGUCAUUAUUAGACUGAGGGCAGCCAGAUGAGGGGCACAAGCAGGCCUCGUAAUGCACACAUGAUAAAUCUGUUUGUUAUAUGAUGACUUUUUCUAGGCAUUUCAGUUUUAAGGUUUUCUUUUGACAAAUUAAUACAGCCAUGUGCGAUAAAUGGAAGAAAAUCCUGUUUAGUUUGGAGACAAUCAUGUUGUGUGGAUUUUCUGACAUAUUUAACCCAACUUGAUUUUCAUCCAGAUGAUUCUGUGAUAACAGCAGCCUGUUGUUCCCUCUCUCUUUGUGAUGCUGUCCUGUUGUCUCAUUUAGUUCAUGUUAGAUGCAGCCAGAGAGGUCAGACCCAACCUGUAUGUGAUAGCUGAGCUCUUUACAGGCAGUGAACUCAUAGACAAUGUGUUUGUUAACCGACUGGGAAUCAACAGCCUCAUAAGAGAGGCCAUGUCCGCCGGAGACAGCCAUGAAGAGGGCCGGCUGGUCUAUCGUUACGGUGGAGAGCCAGUCGGAGCCUUCGUUCAGCCCAGCCUGCGUCCUCUCAUGCCUUCCAUCGCUCAUGCCAUGUUCUUGGAUGUGACCCAUGACAAUGAGUGUCCCAUUCAGCUGCGGUCAGCUCUUGAUUCGUUGCCCAGUUCUGCUAUCGUCUCCAUGGCCUGCUGUGCUACUGGCUCCACCAGAGGAUAUGAUGAGCUGGUCCCACAUCAGAUAUCUGUGGUGAAGGAGGAGCGUUUUUAUCCCAAGUGGAAUCCCUCUUCAGCUCCCACCUCUACUGGUGAAGUUGGCUUUCAGAGCGGCAUCAUCGCUGGGAAACUGGCUCUCAACAAGCUACACCAGGAGCUGGCUGCCCAGGGCUUUUCACAGGUGUAUGUGGACCAGGUUGAUGCAGAUAUCGUUGCAGUUACUCGGCACUGUCCCAGCACACACCAGUCUGUGGUAACAGUGAGUAGGACAGCCUUCAAGAACCCCAAAACCCAUCAGUACAGCAACAAUGUCCCACCUAUGUUCAUACCUGGCAAGAUUGAAGAAAUUAUACUGGAGGCAAGGACAGUGGAGAGAGAGGCUGGGAGUUACAAGAAGGAUGAGAAAUACAUAAAUGGCAUGCCAGAAUACACAGUGGAAAUAAAAGAGCAUGUACUGAUGGAGGAAAGUGCAGUGGUGAAACAUGCUGGAGUGACCUCUAAAGGCCGCUCAGAGUUUGUGCAAGAAAUUCAAUUCCAGAAAUUGACUCCUGGUAGCAUCAUUGCCUUCAGAGUCAGUUUGGAUCCCAAAGCACAGAAGCUGGUGGGCAUGUUGAGAUUUUAUCUGUCCCAGUUCAGUCCAAAGUACAGGAGGGGCAGUGUACCUGAUGAGAACCCACCUGAGGUCCUGCAGAAACCCCUUACACAGUUAAUGUCUAAGCUGACGCUAGCCGACAUGAACGUCUUGCUGUUUCGCUGCGAAGCAGAAGAACAAGAGGACGGUGGAGGUUGUUACAGCAUCCCAGGUUGGGAGGGCCUGAAGUAUUCAGGACUACAAGGUCUGAUGUCUGUGUUGGCAGAUAUCCGUCCCACUAAUGACCUUGGCCAUCCUCUGUGUGCCAACCUCAGAGAAGGAGACUGGCUCAUAGACUUUGUCUCCAACAGGCUGAAGCACAGAGAUGGACCUCUGGCACAGGUGGGUCAGUGGUUGGGUGCCAUGUUUGACUACCUGAGGCACUUUCCUCGAUACCUCAUCCCUUGUUACUUUGACGCCAUCUUGGCGUCAACCUAUGCCACAGCUCUGGAUGCCACUUUCAAACUCAUGUCGAGCUUCAUUGAGCGAGGUUCCACGUUUGUCCGUCACCUGGCUCUCGGCUCAGUUCAGAUGUGUGGAGUUGGACGUUUUCCAGCUCUGCCUCCCAUUUCAACAAAAGUGCCGGAUGUCCCAUACUGCAUCAGUCCCAUCACUGGGGAAAAGGAGCAGUGCUGUGUCUCACUGGCAGCAGGUAUUAUAGCACUUUGUUCAUAGAUAAAAACACACCUG